AUGGCGUCCGUCUCCACAACCGGUUCAGAAGCAGUUCAUGCCCAACUCAAACACCUCUACCACACCUAUCGCCACACCCAGCACAUCCCUUCCAAAGCCAGCUUCUUCAGUCCAACAUGCAUGCAAGUAUGCCGCACCAUCCCCAGCUAUGCCGCAGUUAAGCGAGACACUAUCAUCCAGUAUCUCCUGGAGGCCGCUGGUUUUCAAGACGUCGAAAGUUAUGAGCGUGCGCAAUCAUCCUCUGCCACAGCAGAGUCUAGGGGUGCCGAAGCCCCGGAUGAUGAGGAAAGGCGUUCGGCUCCCGUCAAGGUCAAGGCGCUCACAGGGAAGAGCUACUACAGCAUUCGCCCAUUGAACGCUACCGAAGAAUCGGAGGUGCUUCCCGAAGAUGUCGUCGCGCCACUGGGCAUGACACCGUCGCAGCUCAACGAGCUGAGACAGACCGAGAAAUGGGUCGGCAUGAGAGUCGAUCUCUGGGAGGACAACGACAACGGCGGCAGUGACAGCGCGGGCCGAUUGAUCAAGGUCAAGUACUGGUGGCGGCAAGAGCACGUGGAUGGAGAACUGAAGUGGCUGCAGUGCCUGCACGAUAUCAUGAGUAUUGGUGAGAGAGACGGGAGUGAGGGUAAGGAAGGGGAAGUCUUAGAAUGA